AAGCACUUUCCCCACAUGUAACAAUAAUUGAAAUUCUCAUCCCAAUUUUUGAGAAGGCAAACACUUUGUUAGUCACUCAGAGAGCUUUCAGGUCAUAACCGCAAAGGAUAGAAACGAGAAUACAGUAGAUAUGGCUCAUGCAAGUGUGGCUUCUCUUAUGAGAACAAUAGAAUCGCUCUUGACAUCCAAUUCAUCAAUGCAAACUCUAAUCUGUGAUCACAGAGAUGAAAUUUGCGCUCUUCAGGAAAAGAUUAGUUCCCUGGAAGUAGUCAUCAAGAACUUUGAGAAAAACUAUAUUUCUGGGGAACUGACAGAUUUGGAAGUGCAGAUAAAUGAAGUUGCAAAUAUUGUUGAACAAACAAUUCAACUAAGAGUAACUGAAGUUUUAUUGGCAAAUGAUGAAAAUCUGAGAGAAAAGGCACAUGAGAGGCUUUCUGAUAGCCUGCAACAAGUAGCAGAGGAUAUUGAUCGUAUUUGGAAAGAGUCGACAAAUAUCCAGGAUAAGGGCAAACAUGCAUCAAAGGAAUCAACGGUUCAAGAGUUUCCAAGCUCAUCAAGAAAUAUUCUGAAUGUUGAGAAUAGUAUGGUUGGACGUGAUGAUCAAAGGAAACGGUUGGUAGAAGAUCUUACUAGAAGCUACUCUAGUGAACCCAAAGUCAUCCCGAUUGUCGGGAUGGGUGGCAUAGGUAAAACAACCUUAGAGAACGAAGUUUACAAUGAUGCGUGCAUUCGUUCUCAUUUUGAUGUUUGUGCCUAGGCUACUAUUUCGCAACAGCACAAUGUAAAGGAAAUCUUGUUGAGCCUUCAGUGUUCUACUAAGAGUGACACAUUUGACAUAAACGAUGAAGCAGAGCUUGCAAACAUGCUACAAAAGUGUUUAAAGGGUAAUAGAUAUUUAAUUGUAUUGGAUGACAUGUGGAAAACUAAAGCAUGGGAUGCCAUGAGACUAUGUUUUCCAAGUGAAAACAAGGGGAGUGGAAUAUUAUUGACGACCCGUAACAAUGAAGUAGCUUGUUAUGCUGAUACAGAGAAUGUUUCUUUGCGGAUGAGCUUCAUGGAUCAAGAUGAGAGUUGGAGUCUUUUCAAAAGUGCAGCAUUUGCAAGUGAAGCAUUACCAUCAAAGUUUGAGACUACUGGGAAGCAAAUCACAGAGAAAUGUCACGGGUUACCACUAACUAUAGUCGUGGUUGCUGGACUUCUCAAAUCUAAAAGGGCAAUAGAAGACUGGGAAAAUGUUGCGAAAGAUGUCAAGUCAUUUGUCACAAAUGAUCCUAAUGAACUAUGUUCACGUGUGCUUGGGUUGAGUUACAAUCACAUGACUAGCGAUCUAAAAGCCUGUCUUCUGCAUUUCGGGAUUUUUCCAGAAGACAGUGAGAUACCAGCGAAGAAUUUGAUGAGAUUAUGGAUGGCUGAGGGGUUCCUGAAGUUGGGAAAUGAUUUGGAAGGAGAGGCUGAGAAGUGUUUGCAAGAGCUUGUCGGUAGAUGUCUAGUCCUCGUCUGCAAGAAAAGUCAAGAUGGAGCAAAAAUUAGAUCAUGUAAAGUUCAUGAUCUAAUAUAUGACCUGUGCGUGAGAGAAAUUCAAAGGGAGAACAUUUUUAUCAUGAACGACAUUGUGCUUGAUUACUCAAAUUCAAAACGGCGAUAUCUCAGUAUGCAAAAAAUGCAGCCCUUUAAACGUGUGACUGGUGAUAAAAUUGAUUGUUGUCCCUAUGGUCUUUAUAGGGCUCUUCUUACCCCUGUACAUCAUCAUGACAACAACGAUCUUUUGAAACGAAGUCGUUCUAUUUUCUCUUUUCAUCUUAAGUAUUCAUAUUAUUUUUUCAAAUCACAGCUUAUUCAUUUCAAAUUACUCAAAGUCUUGGAGUUGAGGCACAAAGAGAUUGAUAAUUUCCCUGUACAGAUACUAAGCCUCAUCUGGUUGAGGUACCUAUCAUUGCAAUGCUAUGAGAAUUUAAACAUAACUCCAGAAAUUUGCAGGUUAUGACUCACAUAACGGUUGGACAACACUACAGCAGUCUUAGCUUCUUCGACAGUGCUCAUCAUCACAAACCCGAAUCCACGACUCCUAUCAGUCUCCCUAUGAAGAAAUUCACUUCAACAUAGUUGGUACAGUUUAUCAGGUCAGUGGACUAUUUGUUUAGGCACUAAGGUUGGUCUUAACUCAAGUUCUGCUUCAGAAGAAGGGACUAACUCUCAAUCCCAUCACCAGCCUAUAAAACAUGUGUAAUGGAUGAUCCGAUCUCAUGGAGUUGAGCUAUUUUAUCUCAUGUGGUGCAGAUGAAUGGAUGUUCCUUUGUUGAGGUGUAUAUGAUUCCUGUUAGGUCGGCCUUUUUUUUUUUUUUAAUUAAAAAAAAAAAGAGGUUGAAGUUAAAUCUAUGGUUUUUAAUAAUUCCAAACCUCUUACAUUGCACAUUCCUCUUUUGGGAGAAAGAUAGAAAGUAAUUGAAGAACAAAUACAAUUGGAAUCUUUUACAUGCAUUUGAUUCCUGUGGCUUGGAGCUACUAUUUCAUCUUUUGUUGUUUAGCAUCAUGAAGACCUCAUUUUUUGUUGACACUAUGACUACAUUGUUCAUCAUCUCAGCUAACUGUUGAUAUUAAAACUUCGAAGAGGCACUUCUGUAUCGUUAGUUUCAAGUUGCUUGGAAGGUGUAAUGACAGAUUUGUUUCUUGUGGAAUUCUGACAUAUAUAAUUAUACCUUUUUGGAAACAAGUGACCAUACUUCAUAUUUCCGUUAGUUUUUAGUCGUGUGUUGAGUUGUGUCCUGCAUGUGGCAUUACUUUAGUUAUUAUUCUGUCGUGCCUGGUGUGAUGAAGUCAAAAGAGGUUGAGAUGAAGCUAUGGGGUUUUAUAGGUGAUACUUUUUGCUCCUCUGUUUACCUUUGCAUAUUUUGUAUUCAAUUAUUGUGGAGCUAAAAGGCUCAGUUCUGUAGAGUGUUAAGAAGUUUGUUGUACGUUGACAUUUCUUUCCCUUUAUCAUCAUCGUAUUAUAAGGACCAAUUGAAUUAGAUCCAGUUUUCUAAUUUAUUUCACCAGCGUCUUCAGUUUUGCUUUGAGACUGCACAGGUGCCCAAAUAACCGCAUCCCCUCCCUGAAACUUAUAAUUUGUAUGUACAUUGGACUGCUGAUUUCCUUGCAUCUUGCGAGGGUGCUGAUGUUUCCAUUGGUUAAUAACUCAAGAGAAGAAUUCAACUUCUCUUGUUGAGUACAAACUUUAGCGUGAUUACUACCAUUAUGCACUUGUGAUGUUGAGGCAGGGAAGGCAGCACAACAGGAAGCUUCUGCUUGUUCUUGUUAGUCGUAUUACCUUGUCGGCUGCGAGGAAGACUCGACCGCAACUCUGGCAUUAUUGACCAUGUCCGAUUCAGCAUUUUAGGCAACUUCAUGAGCCUCAUGGAACAAAGCCUAAAUUCCUAAAAAAACAAUUCCAAAGGAUACAGCAAAUCCAUAGUAAUAGACAAAGCACAAACAAAAAUUCAAGUCCAAGUUCCUACCAAAUCUUUUCAAGAAACUUGAAAUGACAACACAUUUCUGCUCAAAUUCAAGUGAUACAUGUGUGAAAAGCUCAUAAAUUUCAUAGGAAUCUCGCCUGUCAAUCGAUUGUUCUGAAGUGACAAUGUAGUUAAGAAGGUGUGUGUAACUUGAUGGUAUUUUACCUGAGUAACCUGAACCUACGAGCCUCAAUUCUUGAAUUUUAUGCAGCUGACUAAAUUCUUUAGGCAGUUUUAUGUACAUUGGAUUAUCAUCCAUAAGAAAAUAUUUUAGACGUUGUAACUUAUUUAGUCCUUUAGGGAAAUUCCCACUUGUUGUUACUCAGAGCCAAGAAGUUCAAAAAUUGUAAGUCUUCAAUUGUCUCGGGGGAGGAUUUCACAAAAAUAAGUCUUUUUUAAAAAGACUUACAUAUAGUGGGUUGAAAGUUAGACUUUUUCCUAACCAAAGAUACGUAACAACUCUUCUAUUGUUUGUUUGUUUUUUCUCAAUCUUAAAGAUGCAAGUUCUCAAAGAUUGAUGAUACUCCAAAUCCGCUCCCUCCGUAAACUAUAUUGAAGAGGCACUAUUCCGAGAAAGCUUAUUACACAUUCAGCCAAUAAACAUCCAGCAUCUCCGGACCAUCGAAACUACAAUUUUCCAGAGAAACUUAACAGUUGGAGGGUACAAGCAUAAACAAUGAUACAAUGAGAGAGCAAUCUAUUUUAUAAGGGGGCACUACUUUGCUCGAUGCACUCAUUUUAACAAAGGAUUAAGAACUCCAAAAAACCUUCACAAAUAUAUUGGUCUGCUUAUUUCUUUGCAUCCUGCCAGGGUGCUGAUGUUUCCAUUGGUUAAUAAAUCAAGAGAAGAAUUCAACUUCUCCUGUUGAGUACGACUUUAGUGGGGAUUACUACCAUUAUGCACUUGUGAUGUUGAGGCAGGGGGAGGAAGCACAACAUGAAGCUUUGGCUUGUUCUUGUUAGUCGAAUUAACUUGUGCGAAACAAAAUGGCACGAAAGCAACUAUCGUUAAUUGGACUAAGUAAGUUCUCUACACAUGCUUCUUUAUGAUAUAUUUGAAACUUUAUAUGAUAAAUGAUCCUAUUUUUCAGCUUUUCGUACUUUUUUGUUCCAAGAACACUGUUACUAUUUUGGCUCCAAUUUAAAUUAACAAGAGGUUGUCAAUAGGUUCAUCUGAACAUGACGAUUGACACCCAACCAAUCAAACACCACACUACAAACUUCUAAUAAUGUUCCACCCACCAUUUGUUACGUUUAUGUCCAAAAAAGGAGUAGAGAAAAGGAAACAAAAGAAGAAACUGUCAGUUAUAUGUUAACUAUGGUCUGGACAAGUAACUGAACUUGAGGAGCGUCACAACUUCUGGAGGGUAAGACGUUUGAUUCAGUUGGCAUUGUCAAAUACUCAUCGCAGCAUCGGCAGAAUAGUAUAUAUAGCCAAAGUUCAUUUUUCGUUGACACAUUCAAAACGAACUCAUGGUGCAAUUACCUCGAGUUUCCCAAACCAGGAGGUGCAACCACCAACUGCAAUAACUUGUGAUUUCCUCGCUUUGAAAUAUGUUCAAUACUGAGCAUAGAAGAUGUCACACAGAAGACUUCUCAUGUAUCCUGGGUUCUUCAGGUGGUUGGUAACUUUCAAGGUACUAAAUCUUCUGCAAAACACUGUUGAAUGGCUCUUGUAAAAAUUGCAGAGGAAUGAAGGUCACUUC